UGCAGCUCGCCGCCGCGCUCCCUCGGACGGGGCCACCCCGAUGGGACGCCGCGCCCCGACCCCUGUGCGCCGCUGAGCCAAGCGCCCGCGUCGCCGCGAGCUGCUGACCCUCGCCACCUGGGCCGGGAGCCCCGUCCCGGUCCCCUGGAAAGCUGGAUUUCCGAGGCUGGAGGCGCCUAGCCGACUGGGUGGGGACCACCAUGGGCAACGCGGCCGGCAGCGCAGAGCAGCCCGCGGGCCCUGCCGCGCCGUCCCCGAAGCAGCCGGCCGCCCCCAAGCAGCCGAUGCCGGCGGCCGGGGAGCUGGAGGAGAGGUUCAACCGGGUCCUGAACUGUAUGAACUUACCCCCGGACAAGGUCCAGCUGCUGAGCCAGUAUGACAACGAGAAGAAGUGGGAGCUCAUCUGUGACCAGGAGCGGUUUCAAGUCAAGAACCCCCCUGCCGCUUACAUCCAGAAGUUGAAGAGUUACCUGGAUACCGGUGGGGUCAGCAGAAAGGUAGCAGCUGAUUGGAUGUCCAACCUGGGGUUCAAGAGGCGAGUUCAGGAGUCCACACAGGUUCUGCGGGAGCUGGAGACCUCCCUAAGGACAAACCACAUUGGGUGGGUGCAGGAGUUUCUCAACGAGGAAAACCGUGGCCUGGAUGUGCUCCUGGAAUACCUGGCCUUUGCCCAGUGCUCUGUCACGUAUGACAUGGAAAGCACAGAUAACGGCGCCUCCAACUCAGAGAAGAGCAAACCCCUGGAGCAGUCUGUGGAAGAUCUUAGCAAGGGGCCACCCUCAUCAGUGCCCAAAAGUCGCCACUUGACCAUCAAGUGCCCCCCUUCUCCCCGGAUGACCCCUGCCCACAGCAGGAAGGCCUUACGGAAUUCCCGUAUCGUCAGCCAGAAGGAUGAUGUCCACGUCUGUAUCAUGUGCCUGCGCGCCAUCAUGAACUACCAGUCUGGCUUUAGCCUUGUUAUGAACCACCCGGCCUGUGUGAAUGAGAUUGCUCUGAGUCUCAACAAUAAGAACCCCCGAACCAAGGCCCUGGUGCUGGARCUGCUUGCGGCUGUGUGCCUGGUGCGGGGAGGACAUGAUAUCAUCCUUGCAGCCUUUGACAAUUUCAAGGAGGUAUGUGGGGAACAGCAYCGCUUUGAAAAGCUCAUGGAUUAUUUCCGGAACGAGGACAGCAAUAUCGACUUCAUGGUGGCCUGCAUGCAAUUCAUCAACAUUGUGGUACACUCAGUGGAGAAUAUGAACUUCCGUGUCUUCUUGCAAUAUGAGUUCACUCAUCUGGGUCUGGACUUGUACUUGGAGAGGCUUCGGCUUACGGAGAGUGACAAGCUGCAGGUGCAGAUUCAGGCAUAUCUGGACAACAUUUUUGAUGUGGGUACGCUGUUGGAGGACACUGAGACCAAGAAUGCUGUGCUGGAGCACAUGGAGGAGCUGCAGGAGCAAGUGGCACUGCUGACAGAGCGGCUUCGGGACGCAGAGAACGACUCCAUGGCCAAGAUUGCUGAACUGGAAAAGCAGCUAAGCCAGGCCCGCAAGGAACUGGAGACCCUGCGGGAACGCUUCAGCGAGUCAACCCCCAUGGGCAUCUCCAGACGUCCCCCGGAGCCUGAGAAAGUGCCUCCUCCCGCCCCGGCACGGCCCUCCGCCCUGGAGCUGAAGGUCGAGGAGCUGGAGGAAAAGGGGUUAAUCCGAAUCCUGCGGGGGCCCGGGGAUGCCGUCUCCAUUGAGAUCGUCCCAGUCACUGUGGCAACCCCAAGCGGCAGUGAUGCUCCUACUCCGGGGUUGCCCAGCUGCUCCCCCAGCCCAGAUCUCCCACCUGCAGCAGAGCUGGCUCCUGGAGCAGCACCGCCCGCGCCACCACCCCCACCGCCUGGCCUCCAGUUCCAACAGGAAGCCCCUCCCUCGACGCCCCCACCGGCCCCGCCCCUCCCGGGUAGCCCAGAGCCCCCUCCCGCACCACCGUUGCCAGGAGACUUACCGCCCCCACCCCCACCGCCUCCGCCGCCACCUCUCGGCACUGACGGACCAGUGCCACCGCCGCCCCCACCGCCGCCCGGAGGUCCCCCUGAUGCCCUUGGAGGGCCUGGCCCAGAGACGAGCUUAGGAGUGAAGGCCAAGAAACCCAUCCAGACCAAGUUCCGGAUGCCACUCUUGAACUGGGUGGCCCUGAAACCCAGCCAGAUUACAGGCACCGUGUUCACAGAGCUCAACGAUGAGAAAGUGCUACAAGAGCUGGACAUGAGUGACUUUGAGGAACAGUUCAAGACUAAGUCUCAAGCCCCCAGUGUGGACAUCAGUGCUCUCAAGGGCAAGGCAGCUCACAAGGCCCCCAGUAAAGUAACACUCAUCGAGGCCAACCGGGCCAAAAACCUGGCCAUCACUCUGCGCAAGGGCAAUCUGGGGGCCGACCGCAUCUGCCAGGCUAUUGAGACGUAUGACCUGCAGGCUCUCGGCCUGGACUUCUUGGAGCUUUUGACCCGCUUUCUGCCCACGGAGUAUGAGCGCAGCCUCAUUGCCCGCUUUGAGCGGGAGCAGCGUCCCUUGGAGGAGCUGUCGGAAGAGGACCGCUUCAUGCUACGCUUCAGCCGCAUCCCACGCCUGCCGGAGCGCAUGUCCACGCUCACCUUCCUGGGCAACUUCCCGGAUACGGCCCAGCUGCUCAUGCCGCAACUGAAUGCCAUCAUUGCAGCCUCAAUGUCCAUCAAGUCCUCUGACAAACUCCGGCAGAUCCUAGAGAUCGUCCUGGCCUUUGGCAACUACAUGAACAGCAGCAAGCGUGGGGCAGCCUACGGUUUCCGGCUCCAGAGUCUGGAUGUGCUGUUGGAGAUGAAGUCGACUGACCGAAAGCAGACACUGCUGCACUACCUGGUGAAGGUCAUUGCUGAGAAGUACCCACAGCUCACAGGCUUCCACAGUGACUUGCACUUCCUGGACAAGGCAGGCUCAGUGUCCCUGGACAGUGUCCUGGGGGAUGUGCGCUCCCUGCAGCGAGGCCUGGAGUUGACACAGAGGGAGUUUGUGCGGCAGGAUGACUGCUUGGUGCUUAAGGAGUUCCUCAGGGCCAACUCUCCCACCAUGGACAAGCUACUGGCAGACAGCAAGACUGCUCAGGAGGCCUAUGAGUCUGUGGUGGAGUACUUCGGAGAAAACCCCAAGACCACAUCCCCCUCCAUGUUCUUUUCCCUCUUCAGCCGUUUCAUCAAGGCGUACAAGAAAGCUGAGCAAGAGGUGGAACAAUGGAAGAAGGAAGCAGCUGCCCAGGAGGCAGGUGCCGACACCCCAGGCAGGGGGGAACCCCCAGCACCUAAGUCKCCACCCAAAGCCCGGAGACAACAGAUGGACCUCAUAUCUGAGCUGAAACGGAAGCAGCAGAAGGAGCCACUCAUCUAUGAGAGUGACCGUGAUGGGGCCAUUGAAGACAUUAUCACAGAUCUACGGAACCAGCCCUACAUCCGCGCAGACACAGGCCGUCGCAGUGGUCGUAGGCGCCCUCCAGGACCCCCCCUGCAGGUCACCUCUGACCUUUCGCUGUAGCCUAUUUUGGCAGGUGGAUUCUGUAGGGGGUGCGAUUGUGGACAGGCUGGGGCUCAAGGAAGGUGGGCCUCUGGGCAGCCCCUCCUCCUGCUGCCUGGCACCUUGGCCAUCCUUAAAGGGGCCAGCACAGCCUCCUCCUGUUGGAGGCAGAAUCGCCUGGUCUCAAUCCUCAAAUGCUGCUUGCAGCACCCCUCCCCCAAUAGCCAUACUUAGCCUGAGCGGGAGCCUGGCCUGUAACUUAUAAAGUGCACCUUGCCCUCCCCCAUGAACUCCCACCCCCAAAGACUCUCCUUGGACCAUAUUUUUAUACAAGAUUAAUAAAGAUGUUUGCAAAAAA